CUGCAAGCCUAUUCCCAGUGAUUCUGCGCAUCUGUCAACAUGCGCAACGUGCUAUAUCAGCAUGUAGUGCAAGAAAAAUUGGUUAAAACAUUUAAAACCGACGACAUUUGACUAAAAGUGAUCUAUAAGUGAUUCUUGAUCGAGUUUUUGAAAGAUGGAGACCCCGGAGUCGGACACUGAAACUCCCACUGAAGAUCAGGUGGCAAAUAUUUCCAUAAGUUCGAGAUCAGAACAAUCGCACGACUCACAGGAAGAAGUUGAGAGCGAACCAAAGGAAAAACUACUGAAAUUACCCGUUGGGAGGGUCAAACACAUCGUUAAGUCAGAUCCAGAUGUCAAUCUGGUUAAUCAGGAGGCAAUUUUUCUCAUCGCUAAGUCUGCGGAAUUAUUUAUUGACUCACUAUCAAAGGAGGCGUUUAAGUACACAUUCCAGGCUAAAAAAAAAACAGUUCAGAAGAAGGAUUUGGAUCAAGCAAUCGAUAACGUUGAUUCAUUGGCAUUCCUCGAAGGAAUGUUGGAGCAGAUGAUGUGAACUCUCAUUUAGAAGAGUGAUUCAAAUAAAUAUAUUUUUUUUAAUGCAUA